UUUUUGCCAAUUACGCCCAUUAUUCCGGGUUAGCUAAUCUGGAAUGAAAUGGGAAGAACGUUUGAGUGACAGGAACUGAGGACCAUCCCAAAGGGACGGGGGAGGGAAUGUCAUGAGCCGCCUCCUGCCCCCCCCCCCCGCAAGGAAAGGGACAUUCCAGAAUUUGAAAUGUGCAGAGCAAAAGGGGCGGGGCCACAGCAGGUCUCCAUCUCUCUCUCCCCCCCUCCCCCACCGGGAAAGGAGGAAAAGCGGCCAAAAUGCCCCUCCUCCCCCUGCCCACCGCCGAGAACGGAGACGCAGAGGAAAGGCUCGGGGCGGAGAAGUCGGGGUUGUGCCAAAGAACUACCAGAAUAUUCUGGCAUUGGUAUUUGCUGUCAAGGAGAUCAAUGAGAAUCCUGAGAUCUUGCCAAAUGUCACCUUGGGAUUUCACAUCUACGAUAGUUAUUACAUUGAAAGGAUGACCUACCGGGCAACUCUGGAGCUUCUAUUCACACAGCAGAAAUUUGUUCCCAACUACAAGUGUGACACUCAGAAAAGUCUGUUGGCUGUCAUUGGGGGACUUGAUUUUGAAACCUCUCUCCAUAUGGCAGCCGUCCUGGGUGUUUACAAGACUCCACAGCUCAGUUAUGGCUCCUUUGCUCCAGAAGACAGUGAUCAAGUCCAGUCUACUCCUUUCUACCGGAUGGUUCCAAACGAAGCCCAUCAAUACACUGGCAUUGCUCAGUUGCUUCUGCACUUUGGAUGGACGUGGGUUGGGUUUAUCGCUAUAGAGGGAGAGAGCGGGGAGAGAUUUUUGCAGUCCAUGCAACUUCUGCUUUCCCAGAGAGGCAUCUGCUUUGCUUUCUCAGAGAGAACUCCAAAAAACACAUAUUGGAGAAUUUUAUUUUCUUUAAGUCUCAAGUGGCUCCAAAUCUACAAAGUUAUUGCAGAGAGCAAAGCCAGUGCUGUUGUUGUCUUUGGAGAAACCAAGUCCAUGCUUUGUUUGCGAACAAUGCUCAUCAUAGGUGAAAUAACAUAUGGCGCAAAUACACCAGUAGGAAAGGUGUGGAUUAUGACUGCUCAGCUGGAGUUUACAGAAUUCUUCUACCAAAUGACCUUAAGAAUGGAAGCCUUCCACGGUUCCAUCUCCUUCAGGGUUCAUUCAAAAGAGGUUCAAGGAUUCAGAACAUUUCUUCAGCUCUUAAAUCCUCUGGGGACCAAUGAAGACAUUUUUCUCAAGUUGUUCUGGGAACGAGCAUUCAGAUGUUCAUUUCCAAGCUCUAAGACAAAGAAGCAGGUUUAUAAAAUCUGCACUGGAAAGGAGAAGCUUGAAGAUCUCCCUUCAUCUGGCUUUGAGACGAGCAUGACUGGCCACAGCUACAGCAUCUACAAUGCAGUCUCUGUUGUAGCACAUGCUUUACAUGCCAUUUUCCAAACCAGGUACAAACGCAGAACUAUGGAAGACAAAGGGAGGUGGGUGCUUCCAAAUCUGCAGCCUUGGCAGCUCCACCCCUUUCUUAGGAGUGUCUCAUUUAACAACAGCGUGGGAGAAACAGUGUCUUUUGGUGAGAGUGUGGAAUUGAAGAACGGAUUCGAUAUUACCAAUUUUGUCAUUUUUCCAAAUAACUCCUUCCUGAGAGUCAAGUUUGGGAAAAUAGAUUUGGAGGCUCCCACAGGCAAGGAAUUUUCAGUUGAUGAUGGAAAAAUGGUGUGGCACAGAAGCUUUAAGCAGGUUCCACCCCUUUCUACAUGUAACCCAAAAUGCCCUCCUGGCUCCAGCAAGAAAAAGAAGGAGGGGGAGAAAUUCUGCUGCUAUGAUUGUUCUCCAUGCCCUCAAGGCAAGAUUUCAUCCCAGAUGGACAUGGACAAUUGCGACAGAUGUAGUGAAGAUCGAUAUCCAGACAAAGGCCAAUCACAAUGCAUUCCAAAGGCAAUAAUCUUCCUGUCUAUAAAAGAGCAUCUAGGGAUGAGCUUGGCUUCCUUGGCUCUUUCUCUCUCUAUGCUCACAGUGUUGGUUCUAGCCAUCUUUAUUAAAAACCAGGACACGCCAAUCGUCAGAGCCAACAAUCGGGAUCUCACCUACGCUCUCCUCACUUCCCUCCUGCUCUGCUUUCUCUGCCCUUUGCUCUUCCUCAGCCCACCAGAAAGAGUGAUCUGCCUUCUCCGACAAGUUGCUUUUGCUGUCAUUUUCACAGUGACCGUUUCUUGUGUGCUGGCCAAAACCAUCACCGUGGUUCUGGCCUUCAUGGCCACUAAACCAGGAUCCAUAAUGAGGAAAUGGGUGGGGAAAAGACUGGCAGGCACCAUUGUGUUUUCUUGUUCUCUUAUCCAAGCAGGUAUUUGCACUGUGUGGCUGAUAACCUCUCCCUCAUUCCCCCAGCUUGACAUGCACUCCAUGGUGGGAGAAAUGAUACUGGAAUGUAAUGAAGGGUCCGUCGCCAUGUUUUACUGUGUUCUUGGUUACAUGGGCUUCCUGGCUAUGGUCAGCUUUGUUGUGGCGUUUUUAGCUAGGAAACUGCCAGACAGCUUUAAUGAGACCAAAUUUAUAACCUUCAGCAUGUUAGUGUUUUGUAGUGUCUGGAUAUCCUUUGUUCCAGUUUACUUGAGCACCAAAGGAAAAUACAUGGUGGCUGUGGAGAUCUUCUCCAUCUUGGCCUCUAGUUCUGGCUUGUUAGGUUCCAUUUUUGCUCCCAAAUGCUACAUUAUUGUGCUGAGACCCUAUUUGAACAGUAAGGAGCAGUUAAUAAAGAGGAAAUUCUAACAUAUUCCAAGACCUGCAAUUUCUGCCAUCAUGCUUUCCUCCAGUGAGAUGUUAAUACUGUUGAUGUGGUGAACAAAUGAACAUGUCUUACAAAUAAACAUGGAUGACCUUA